GGCUUGAUACGGUGGAGGCAGGACUGCUGCUGCACAGUGUGUGUGUGUACAUCCAAUUCAGCUCGAACGCACUAACGAGUGACAGAUUUCAGGUGUGUAGGUUGGUGACACCAAUACACCACCAGUGAAAAUGGUGGCCCUGUCACUCAAGAUAUGUGUACGCCAGUGCAAUGUGGUGAAGACCAUGCAGUUUGAGCCCUCCACUCCUGUGUAUGACGCCUGCAGGAUCAUCAGGGAGAGGGUUCCGGAAGCCCAGACUGGCCAAGCUUCUGAUUACGGCCUGUUUCUCUCUGAUGAUGAUCCCAGAAAAGGAAUCUGGUUGGAGUCUGGGAGGACUCUGGAUUACUACAUGCUCCGGAACGGGGAUGUCUUGGAGUACAAGAAGAAACAGAGGCCCCAGAAGAUCAAGAUGCUGGACGGGGCAGUUAAAACUAUCAUGGUGGAUGACUCUAAAACUGUAGGAGAGCUGCUUGUUACCAUAUGCAGUAGAAUAGGAAUCACCAACUACGAGGAGUACUCCCUGCUCCAGGAGGGGGUGGAGGAGAAGAAGGAGGACGGUCAUGGGACAGGCACCCUGAAGAAGGACAGGACUCUGCUCCGAGACGAGAGGAAGAUGGAAAAGCUCAAAGCCAAACUCCACACAGACGAUGACUUGAACUGGCUGGACCACAGCCGGACGUUCAGAGAGCAGGGGGUGGAGGAGAGUGAGAUGCUGCUGCUCAGACGCAAGUUCUUCUACUCCGACCAGAAUGUGGACUCACGAGACCCUGUCCAGCUCAACCUUCUCUAUGUACAGGCCAGAGAUGACAUACUGAACGGCUCCCACCCUGUUUCGUUUGAUAAAGCCUGUGAGUUUGCUGGAAUUCAGGCUCAGAUCCAGUUUGGACCCCAUGUCGAACACAAACACAAGCCUGGAUUCCUAGACCUGAAGGAGUUUCUACCCAAAGAGUACAUCAAGCAGAGAGGGUCGGAGAAGAAAAUAUUUGUGGAUCACAAAACCUGUGGAGAAAUGACCGAGAUUGAGUCUAAAGUGAAGUAUGCGAAACUAGCAAGGUCCCUUCCGACAUAUGGGGUCUCCUUCUUCCUGGUGAAGGAAAAGAUGAAAAGCAAGAAUAAGCUGGUCCCUCGGUUACUGGGGAUAACCAAAGAGUCGGUGAUGCGGGUAGAAGAGAAGACUAAAGACGUGGUUCAGGAGUGGCCCCUAACCACGGUGAAGAGAUGGGCUGCUUCUCCCAAGAGCUUCACCCUGGACUUUGGGGAGUACCAGGAGAGUUACUACUCUGUUCAGACCACAGAGGGGGAACAGAUCUCUCAGCUAAUUGCAGGAUACAUCGACAUCAUCCUCAAAAAGAAGCAGAGUAAGGAUCGUUUUGGCUUGGAGGGAGAUGAGGAGUCCACCAUGCUGGAGGAGUCAGUCUCUCCAAAGAAGUCCACCAUCUUACAGCAGCAGUUCAACAGGGUGGGUCGUGUGGAGCAUGGCUCGGUGGCACUGCCAGGUAUCAUCCGCUCCGGGUCCAUCGGUGGCCCUGAAAACACCUUCAACAUGGGCACCAUGCCCUCUGCCCAGCAGCAGAUCACCACAGGGCAGAUGCACAGAGGACACAUGCCCCCACUGAGCUUGGCCCAGCAGGCCCUGAUGGGGACCAUUAACACCAGUAUGCAGGCGGUGCAGCAGGCCCAGGCUGAUCUGGGGGAGGUAGAUAACCUGCCUCCACUGGGCCAGGACAUGGCGUCCAGAGUUUGGGUUCAGAACAAAGUGGAUGAGUCCAAACAUGAAAUCCACUCUCAAGUAGAUGCCAUAACCGCCGGAACGGCAUCUGUGGUCAAUCUUACAGCAGGUGACCCCACAGACACAGACUACACAGCGGUGGGCUGUGCCAUCACCACCAUCUCCUCCAACCUGACAGAGAUGUCUAGGGGGGUGAAGCUGCUGGCAGCGCUGGUGGAGGACCAGGUGGGCAGCGGGCAGAACCUGAUGGGAGCUGCCAGGACCCUGACAGGGGCCGUCUCUGACCUGCUCAGGUCUGUGGAGCCAGCGGCUGGAGAGCCCAGACAGACGGUGCUGACUGCAGCAGGAAGUAUAGGCCAGGCCAGCGGGGACCUGCUGCGUCACAUGGGGGAGGGCGAGACUGACGAGAGGUUCCAGGACAUUCUGAUGAGCCUGGCCAAAGCAGUGGCCAACGCAGCUGCCAUGAUGGUUCUCAAGGCCAAGAACGUGGCCCAGGUGGCAGAGGACACGGUGCUGCAGAACCAAGUGAUUGCAGCUGCUACUCGGUGUGCCCUGUCCACUUCACAGUUGGUGGCCUGCACCAAGGUGGUGAGCCCCACCAUCAGUUCCCCGGUGUGCCAGGAGCAGCUGGUUGAGGCAGGGAAGCUGGUGGACCGCUCGGUGGAGAGCUGUGUCAAGGCCUGUCUGGCGGCCACAGAYGAAGGUGAGCUGCUGAAGCAGGUGGGUGCCGCGGCCAACACAGUGAGCCAGGCACUCAGUGACCUGCUGCAGCACGUACGCCACUAUGCCAGCUGUGGUGAGCCCAUCGGACGUUACGACCAGGCCACAGACACCAUCAUGACCGUCACUGAGAGCAUCUUCACCUCCAUGGGAGACGCAGGGGAGAUGGUGCGUCAGGCCAGGGUGCUGGCUCAGGCCACGUCGGACCUUGUCAAUGCCAUGAGGUCAGACGCUGAGGCUGAGGUGGACGUGGACAACUCAAAGAAGCUGCUAGCAGCAGCUAAACUCCUGGCUGAUGCCACGGCCAGGAUGGUAGAAGCUGCUAAGGGGGCUGCAGCGUACCCAGAAAAUGAGGACCAGCAGCAGAGGCUGAGAGAAGCUGCAGAGGGGUUACGCGUUGCCACGAACGCUGCAGCUCAAAACGCCAUCAAAAAGAAGCUGGUCAACAGGCUGGAGAUUGCUGCCAAGCAGGCUGCAGCUGCUGCUACUCAGACCAUCGCAGCUGCCCAGAACGCUGCUGCAUCCAAUAAGAACACUGCCUCUCAUCAACAACUAGUACACAGCUGCAAGGCAGUGGCAGACCACAUCCCUCAGCUGCUCCAGGGGAUGAGGAGUAACCAGGCCCAGCCAGAGGAGCUCAGUUCCCAGCUAGCGCUCAUCAUGGCCAGCCAGAGCUUCCUACAGCCUGGCAGUAAGAUGGUGACGUCUGCAAAGUCAACCGUCCCCACAGUGACAGACCAGGCUGCAGCGAUGCAACUUGGACAAUGUGCCAAGAACCUGGCCACCUGCCUAGCUGAGUUGCGAACAGCCACCCAAAAGGCCCAUGAAGCCUGUGGCCCACUGGAGAUAGACUAUGCCCUCAAUGCUGUCCAAACUCUGAGGAGUGAGCUUCAAGAUGCCAGGAUGGCUGCACACGAUGGGCAGCUCAAACCACUUCCUGGGGAAUCGCUAGAGAAGUGUGCCCAGGACCUGGGUAGUACCUCCAAGGCUGUUGGCUCCUCCAUGGCUCAGCUGCUGACCUGUGCUGCCCAGGGCAAUGAGCAUUACACAGGCGUAGCUGCCAGGGAGACGGCCCAGACCUUGAGGACAUUGGCCCAGGCAGCCAGAGGUGUGGCGGCCAGCACCAAGGAACCCCAAUCUGCGGCGGCCAUGUUGGAUUCUGCCCAGUACGUCAUGGAGGGAUCUGCCAUGCUCAUCCAUGAGGCCCACCAGGCCCUGGUCUCCCCAGGUGACACAGAGAGUCAGCAAAGGCUAGCACAGGUGGCCAGGGCAGUGUCCCACUCUCUGAAUAACUGUGUCAACUGCCUGCCUGGCCAGAAGGAUGUGGACAUGGCCCUGAGGAGCAUCGGAGAGGCCAGCAAGAAACUGCUAGUGGACACUCUCCCUACAUGCAGUAAGUCCUUCCAGGAGGCUCAGAGUGAGCUAAACCAUACUGCAGCUGAGCUCAACCACUCCGCAGGGGACGUGGUCCACUCCUCCCGGGGUACCAGCAGCCAGCUGGCCAUGGCUUCUGGGAAAUUCAGCGAGGACUUUGACGAGUUCUUGGACACUGGCAUUGAGAUGGCCGGACACACUCAAUGCCAAGAGGACCAAAUCGAAGUGAUUGGCAACCUGAAGAACAUCUCCAUGGCAUCCAGCAAGCUCCUUCUGGCAGCCAAGUCCCUGUCAGUGGAUCCUGGAGCAGCAAAUGCCAAGAACCUGUUAGCUGCUGCUGCAAGAACGGUGACAGAGAGUAUUAACCAGCUCAUCACACUGUGUACCCAGCAGGCACCGGGCCAGAAGGAGUGUGACAACGCUUUGAGAGAACUGGAGGCUGUGAGAGGAUUGCUGGACAACCCCAGUGAGCCUGUCAGUGAGCUCUCCUACUUUGACUGCAUUGAGAGUGUCAUGGAGAACUCAAAGGUUCUUGGAGAGUCCAUGGCGGGGAUUUCCCAGCACUGUAAGACGGGCGACGUGCCAGCGUUUGGGCAUUGCGUGGGAGUGGCAUCCAAGGCCCUGUGUGGGUUGACGGAGGCGGCUGGACAGGCCUCCUACCUGGUGGGUGUGUCUGAUCCAAACAGCCAAUCGGGUCAUGAGGGGCUGGUGGAUCCCAUCCAGUUUGCCCGGGCCAACCAGGCUAUUCAGAUGGCCUGUCAAAACCUGGUGGACCCUGCCAGCAGCCCUUCUCAGGUUCUGUCCGCAGCAACAAUUGUAGCCAAGCAUACCUCAGCUCUUUGCAAUGCCUGCCGCCUGGCCUCGUCCAAGACAUCCAACCCUGUGGCCAGGAGACACUUUGUUCAGUCUGCCAAAGAAGUUGCAAACACCACGGCCAACCUUGUCAAAACUAUAAAGGCCUUGGAUGGUGACUUCUCAGAGGAGAACAGAGACAGGUGCCGUGUUGCUACAACUCCACUCAUCGAGGCUGUAGAGAAUCUAUCCACAUUUGCCUCCAACCCAGAGUUUGCUAGUAUCCCUGCACAGAUCAGCAAUGAGGGCUCAGCAGCUCAGGAGCCCAUUGUGCGUUCAGCCCGCUCCAUGCUGGACAGCUCCACCCUGCUCCUGGAGACCGCCCGCUCACUCAUCAUCAACCCCAAAGACCCGCCCACCUGGUCCAUCCUGGCUGGGCACUCCCGCACCGUCUCCGACUCCAUCAAGAGCCUCAUCACCUCCAUCAGGGACAAGGCGCCAGGGCAGAGGGAGUGUGACUACUCCAUUGAUAACAUCAACAAGUGUAUCCGGGACAUCGAGCAGGCUUCUCUAGCUGCUGUCGGCCAGAGCCUACAGGGAUGUAGGGAUGACAUCUCUUUAGAAGCUUUGCAAGAGCAGUUGACAUCGUCGGUGCAGGAGAUUGGACAUCUCAUCGAUCCCAUCAAUACUGCAGCCAGGGGUGAAGCUGCCCAGCUGGGGCACAAGGUGACCCAGCUGGCCAGCUACUUUGAGCCGCUGAUUGUGGCGUCUGUUGGCCUGGCUUCUAAGAUCAUGGACCAACAGCAGCAGAUGAACAUCCUGGAYCAGACUAAGACCCUGUCAGAGUCCGCCCUGCAGAUGCUCUACGCAGCCAAGGAGGGAGGUGGAAAUCCUAAGGCGGCCCACACCCACGACGCCAUAGCAGAGGCUGUCCAGCUGAUGAAGGAGGCUGUGGACGACAUCAUGGUGACGCUGAAUGAGGCUGCCAGCGAAGGCGGCAUGGUGGGAGGCAUGGUGGAGGCUAUUGCUGAGGCCAUGGGCAGGUUGAAUGAGGGCACUCCCCCUGAACCAGAAGGAUCCUUUGUGGAUUACCAGACCACCAUGGUAAAAUACUCCAAGGCCAUCGCCAUCACAACUCAGGAGAUGAUGACUAAGUCAGUGACAUGUCCAGAGGAGCUGGGUGGCCUGGCCUCUCAGGUGACUGUAGACUACAGCCAGUUAGCCCACCAAGGUCGCCUGGCAGCCGCCACCGCAGAGCCAGAAGAGGUGGGCUUCCAGAUUAAGACGCGGGUCCAGGAACUGGGCCAUGGAUGUAUCUACCUGGUUCAGAAGGCUGGGGCCCUGCAGAUGAGCCCCACUGACAGCUUCUCCAAGAGGGAGCUCAUCGAGUGUGCCCGUGGCGUCACUUGAGAAGAAAGAGUUUCCAUGGUGCUGUCUGCGCUGCAGGCAGGUAACAAAGGCACUCAGGCCUGCAUCACAGCAGGCAGCACUGUCUCUGGCAUCAUCGCUGACCUGGACACCACCAUCAUGUUUGCCUCGGCCGGAACACUCAACCCUGAGAACGAAGAGUCCUUCGCAGACCACAGGGAGAGCAUCCUGAAGACAGCCAAGGCUCUGGUGGAGGACACUAAGCGGCUGGUGUCUGGGGCAGCAUCCAGUCAGGACAGAUUGGCCCAGGCCGCCCAGUCCUCAGCCAACACCAUCACCAUGCUCACUGAUGUGGUCAAACUGGGGGCCACCAGCAUGGGCUCUGACGACCCAGAGACUCAGGUGGUCCUCAUAAAUGCGGUGAGAGAUGUGGCCAAGGCUCUAGCUGAGCUCAUCGGUGCCACCAAGUGUGCUGCAGGCAAGCCAGCGGAUGACCCGUCCAUGUAUCAGCUGAAGAGUGCUGCCAAGGUGAUGGUGACCAAUGUGACGUCACUGCUGAAGACGGUCAAGGCUGUGGAGGAUGAGGCUACUCGCGGGACAAGGGCACUGGAAGCAACCAUUGAGUGCAUCAAACAGGAGUUGACAGUGUUCCAGUCCAAGGACGUCCCCGAGAAGUCGACCACGCCGGAAGAGUUUAUCCGCAUGACAAAGGGCAUCACCACAGCAACAGCCAAGGCUGUGGCAGCGGGCAACUCUGCCCAGCAGGAGCACGUCAUCGCCACAGCCAACCUGAGCCGCAAAGCUAUCUCUGAUAUGCUGACCACCUGCAAGCAAGCGGCCUGUCAUCCAGAGGUGAGUGAGGAGGUGAGGAGCAAGGCCCUGCACUACGGGUCAGAGUGCACCACUGGAUACAUCGACCUGCUGGAGCAAGUACUGCUGGUGCUUCAGAAGCCCACGGCUGACCAGAGGCAGCAGCUGGCGGUACACUCCAAAUGUGUUGCAGGAUGUGUGACAGAGCUAAUUCAGACAGCUGAGGCCAUGAAGGGGUCAGAAUGGGUGGACCCCGAGGACCCCACUGUCAUCGCAGAGACUGAGCUGCUGGGAGCGGCAGCCUCCAUCGAAGCCGCAGCCAAGAAACUGGAGCAGCUGAAACCCAGAGCCAAGCCCAAGCAAGCUGAUGAGACGCUGGACUUUGAGGAGCAGAUCCUGGAGGCAGCGAAGUCCAUCGCUGCAGCCACUAGUGCUCUGGUGAAGUCUGCUUCUGCAGCUCAGAGAGAGCUGGUGGCGCAGGGCAAGGUGGGAUCCAUUCUUGCCAAUGCUGUGGAUGAUGGCCAGUGGUCACAUGGUCUCAUAUCUGCUGCGAGGAUGGUGGCGGCAGCGACCAGUAACCUGUGUGAGGCGGCCAAUGCCUCAGUCCAGGGCCACGCCAGUGAGGAGAAGCUCAUCUCCUCAGCCAAGCAGGUGGCAGCCUCCACAGCCCAGCUCCUAGUGGCCUGCAAGGUCAAAGCUCAACCGGACUCCGAGGCCAUGAGGAGACUACAGGCUGCUGGGAACGCGGUCAAGCGGGCAUCAGACAACCUGGUGAAGGCGGCUCAGAAAGCAGCCUUUGACAAGGCUGAUGACCACAGUGUGGUGGUCAAGACCAGGUUUGUGGGUGGCAUUGCUCAGAUCAUUGCAGCCCAGGAGGAGAUGCUGAGGAAAGAGAGAGAGCUGGAGGAGGCCAGGAAAAAGCUGGCUCAGAUCAGACAGCAGCAGUACAAGUUCCUGCCCACUGAACUGAGGGAGGAUGAGAGAUGAUUGGUCCGGAGGAAAGUUGAUGGACAUCAGAUUGGAACCUAUUGUUACACAGAGAUGUAGCAGACACCUGUGAUUGGCUGUUUCUCUCUCACUUACGGUUGGAGUGUAUAACGUACUUGGGCCAGGCCUGUUUUAUGAGCGGAACUAGUGCCUGUGUUCAGAUGCGCGCGUGUGUGUGGAUGCGUAUGUGUUUCACAGAGGAUGAUAUUGACAUUAUGACUUAUAAGGACCAGCUGGCUACAGCUGUACUGUAUUAGCGGGAUUAGGACCUGCAAUCUGAACAUUGAGACAGAUUAUCUUACUGAUUUUAUGGUCGGAUACAUGAAUAAGGACAUCAAAGUUAAAUGAACAUUAUUGGACCCAAUAAUGGCAAAUAUUAUUAAUACUUUCAGCUUUCAUGGAUACAUCUCUAAAUCAGUUGAAGGUAGUUUCAAACAUGUAAAAUAAAAAUGGGUAGCUCACUCCAACUGGCACAGCUGACAUAGUUAUCUAUAGCUUAUGUUCCUCAGACAGCAUUCUAAGUGUUGGUCGGAGUAUUGCUGUACUCCAAUGCUUCAUUUCAUCAUUGGCCUGCAUGCACCAUUAUAACGAAUACACAUCAAUAAAGCUACUAACCAAUAGUGUAGCUUAUAAUUGGGCAUUUGUAAUAUGUUAGUAUAUGAUUGUGAGCUUUGGAUUUGCUGUUGAAUAGGUAAAAGUUUGAAUUUUAUAUACUGUAUUUAAUGUGAUAGAACUUCAGCUUCACACUAAAAUCAUAGUGUCAGUGGGUCUGGUCUGAGUGGAUAGUAAAGCCAACAGCAGACGCUAGUACAUCUAUUACAGCAUCAUAAUACCUUUUACAGUAAUAAUUCUCUAAGUAAUAAUUAUCCCUGGUGUGUGUGUAGGGUGAUCACUGCCUCCUUCCUUUGGACAUUCAGCUGUCACUCAUAUGUAAGGARCAGAGUGCAGUCGAGUGCAGAGGGUCAUUAAGGGGCUAAAUCUUGGGGUCUAUGUGCGAUCCUAUCUGUAAUGCUUGUCAGACUAGUAUUCUCUCCCCCCACCCCUCUCACACUUUUUCUGGGCUGCCUGCUGCCUGCACGAGGAGGCUCGGUUUACAUUCUUUGUCAUGUUUGUUCUCUCUUGUCUCUGUGUUUUAAUUCCAGUCUAAUUGACAGUAGCCAGAGUUGGUAGUUCCACCAUACACACGCAACAGCAAAGCUAUGCUCCGUUUGGCCCUUUUCAGCUGGUGGUGUUUAUACUUAUUACAGAUUCCAUUGAAUUUGGAAGAUGAGCUUCUUGUGUUCAUGUUCUUAUUGUUACUCUCGGCUAUGAUCAUAGCAAUACAUUAACACUCAAUAUGCUAUAUCAGAUUGAUGAGAGUGCAGCACUGAUUGGAAUUGUAUAUGCAGCUGUGUAUGGUGUUUUUACUCUUAAACAGCAUUGAGAUGGCUGGUAUAACCUUAUGCACUGAGCAGCGCAAGCAAUGCCUUCCAUGUUCAACCAUUCAGGAUUACUACUAACGCUCUUGUCAAAUGUAACACGUGAUGAAACUAUAUACAGUCCAGUCGUGACUAGGAAACUAGUUAAUUUAUGUUAUUACAGUAUUGGUGUAGUAUAAGGUCAUUAGUAUUGCUUCCACUCCAGCACCUCAACCCCUUGUUGUCAGUCUCUGGUCUGCAUUGUGUACUAGUGCCUUAAUUGAUUCUGCUGUACCAACAGCUCAAGGCUGUAUCUAAGCCUCAUCCUUCUGGGUGAGAACAUGUCUCUACCAGCCUUUCCCAAACUCGGUCCUCGGACUCCAAGUGGUGCACAUUUUGGUUUUUGCGCUAACGCUACACAGAUGAUUCAAAUUUUCAAAGCUUGAUGAUGAGUUGAUUUUUUUAAUCAGCUGUGUAGUCCUAGGGUAAAAACCAAAAUGUACACCCCUUGAGGACCGAGUAUGGGAAACCCUGCGAGUCUAGUCUAACCAUAACUCUCUAGGUCUUUAACUACCAAUUAGUCCUAUGCCAUAACACAAUGUAUUGCCUUGGCUGGUAGCCCAUCUGCCUGCCGUAAACCCUGCUGGUAUAUAAAGUGCAUCCAUGGGUCGUUUAGGUUUUAGACUAUAUACGAAAAUUAACACACCACUGCAUUCCAUGAGCAUGUGGCAAGUUAUUGAACUCUUAAAGAUGGGAAUUUGCUCUGCCUUGAAAUUCAUUCAACAUACAAGUAAUCCUUAUAAAUAGGACUAAUGAACUUCCUUGUUUAAUUGUUUAAACCACUAUAAAUUCAUUUUUAUCGAUAAAUGUAACGACUAUCCUGAGAUAAUGUAUAUUGUCUAAGCAAUUUGUCUAUAAGCAUUAACUGAAAUAGGAAAAAAGACUAGCUGUUAUUCAAAUGUAGGUGUUGUGCUUUCUUUAACAGACUGAAUUUGUUUCAACAGUUAAAAUGAACUGAUACUGUAUGUAUAAUAUUUAUCUGGUCACAAAGGUAUUUUUUAUAUUCACUGAAAAUAAAGAGUUUGAAACAAGCAUGGCCCAGUUUGUUACUGGUCAUUCUGAUUAAUGUA